AUGGCCACAGCUCGACCAACACCAUCAAGCGACGAACGUCAGGCCACCACUCCCUCAGACAGCCGCCCUGUUGAUGGGUCUGGCUUCAAGCCGAGAAGUCCGCUUCAGCCGAUGCCUAGCAAAGAGACGGUGCCCAACAACUUGCGUAUCACCAUGUGGCUGAAACUCGAAGACUUGCGUGGGCGCGUCGCGAUCCACGUCGGUCUGACAGAUAGCGUGCAGGAAGUAUUUGACAAGGCCCAGCAAAGCUUGGCACGGCGGAUACAGGGCAGCGCCAUACAGGCAUUCAUCAUAACGUCCAUUAAUGGCAAAGAGGAAGAGGAUCCAAUGUACAUUGGAGCGCACGAUGUCACCACUUGGAAGGAGCUCCUGGAAACUGUUACGAUCGCUGCGACAGGGGUCAGAGUCGAAAUGAAGGCUGAUGUGGAAGUCCACCAGAAGGCUUAA